AUGUCAAGGACAGCAACUACUUUGGUCAAGAAAGAUUUUGUUGAAGUGGGCUUUACAAAUAGUAUAAUUGAUGGUAAUAAUUCACCAAUAAAGAUUUAUUAUGAGAUUCAUGGAAGUGGAGCAAAUAAAAUAUUAUUUAUUAUGGGAUUGAAUACAACAUUAGGUGCUUGGGAAAAUCAGCUUAAAUAUUUUGGAAGUAAAGAUUAUCAAAUAUGCGUUUUUGAUAAUCGUGGUGUUGGAUGGUCAGAUUCACCAAGUGGACUUUAUAGUACCAGGGAAAUGGCAUGUGAUACGAUUGAUUUAUUGAAUGAGAUUGGAUGGACAAGUGAUGUUAAUUUGGUUGGUAUUUCCAUGGGUGGAAUGAUUUCUCAAGAAUUAGUAUUACUCAAACCUCACUACUUCAAAUCUUUAUGUCUUACAUCAACUACUUCGGGAUUAACAAUACCACCAAUCAGUUGUAUAAUCACACUCAUGAAACUUUUCAUGAAGAAAAACCCUAUUGACAAAGUUCAAUUAGCUGUUGAUGCGCUCUUUCCCGAGCAUUGGCUGAAAUCUCCAUCAAUUGGAUCAUCACAUAAUACAAAUAGGGAGCGUGUAGUUGAAUCAAUGGUUCAACGUAUUAGUAAUACUAGAAUUCAACCUGUUAGAGGCGCAAUAGGGCAAAUUUCAGCAUGCUUAAGACAUUAUGUUUCUUCUGAACGUCUUCGAAUCAUUCAAGAUAAAAUUCCUAAAAUUUUGGUAGUAACUGGAAAUUUGGACAAUUUCGUUAGACCAUCAAAUAGUUUCUAUUUGGCUGAAGAAUUAAAUGCAGAUUUUGAGUAUUUUGAAGAAGUGCCUGAAGAACCUGUUGUUUCCAAAAAGUCAGGACAACUUUAUGAAAAAAGGUUGAUUAUCAAAUAUAUAGCUGAAACUGGAAAGGAGCCUGUGACCGAUGAGGAUUUAUCCGUAGAAGAUCUAUUAGAAGUAAAAACAAGUACAAAAAUAGUAAAACCUCGUCCACAGACCUUUUCUUCUAUUCCAUCAUUGUUGACAGCUUUUCAAAAUGAAUGGGAUAGUUUAAUGUUAGAAUCUUUUACUUUGAAACGAAAAUAUCAAGAAGCACAACAAGAAUUGAGCCAUGCUUUGUUUCAAUAUGAUGCAGCUCGUCGAGUGAUUGCCAGAACCAUUAAAGAAAGGGAUGUUGCAAGAGAUGCAUUAGCAAACAUCAAAUCUCAUAUUGAAAUUCAACCACCUGCAGAUACAUCUACAUCUGAGGCACAAAAGAUGCAGGUUGAUGAGGAAAAAGGCAUAGGUAGUUCAAUCAUUGAAAAAUUAGUAGAAGCCAGUGUAGUUUUAUCAAAGGGACGUAAAAAAAGAAAACCACCACCAAGUCUUACACCUGCUGAUACAAUCAAAACAUUUACUCAGAUUUCUACAAUUCCGGCCUUACACAACUCCUCAACGCCUGGAAUAUUAUGUAUGGAUUUAGAUCAGACAGAAAAAUUAGUUUUAACAGGUGGCGUUGACAAAAAAGCAUUGAUUUAUAAUCUUGAAGAAGGUAAAGUAGUAAGUCAAUUGAAAGGCCAUACAAAAAAAAUUACAAAUGUUUUGUGGAGAGAGAAAGCUGAAGCUGGUGAAUCAGAUAUUGUAUUUACAGCAAGUGCUGAUAAAAGUGUUAGAAUUUGGAAUAAUACCAAAAAAGGAUAUAAAACCUCCAGUACCAUUUCAAUACACAAUGCAGAAGUUACUAGUAUAGCUUUAAAUCCCACCAAAGAUUAUUUGGUAUCAGUUUCUGAAGAUUCGACCUGGGGUUUUCAUGAUAUUGCUACUGCACAAACACUGGUUAAAAUAGAAAAUAGAUAUUCAUGUGUGAAAUUUCAUCCUGAUGGUCUUAUAUUAGGAACAGGUACAAAUGAUUCAGUUGUUAGAAUUUGGGAUAUAAAAGCACAACAAAAUGUUGCAACAAUGGAAGGACACACAGGAAAAGUUAAAUCGUUGUCAUUUUCAGAAAAUGGAUAUUACUUAGCAACAAGUUCAGAAGAUAAUUUGAUUAAAAUAUGGGAUUUAAGAAAACAAACAAAUGUCCACACUUUAACAUUAGAGAAUACCAAGAAGAUUAAUAAAGUUGUUUGGGAUUACAGUGGUCAAUAUAUAGCUGUUUGUGGCUCUGAUAUAAGAAUAUUUCAAUCUAAAACAUGGAAUGAAUUGAUUCAUAUUACUGAAAAUAUUGGUGAAAUUACAGAUAUGAAAUUUGGUAGUUUGGCCAAAUUUUUGAUUACAUCUGGGUUAGAUCGUUCCUUGAGAAUAUUUGGUACUACAGAAGCAGAAACAAUAACAGAGCCUGAAGUACAAGAAUAA